AUGGAAACAGAGGGCUUAACUGUUCAUCUGGCUUACUUGAAACUCGCUGAAUUGAACAACCCAGACAGAUCAGAAUCUUUUUUGUUUGAAUCUUCAAUCAAUGGUGACUCAGUUGAUAGAUACUCUUUUAUUGGAUUCAAGCCACGUAAGGUGAUCAAGACUGGUGACAACAGCGAGGUUUUCGGUGAGGAAUACACUGACGUUGACCCGUUGACUAUUUUGGAGAAAGAGUUGAGCCAAAACCAUCAAGCCUCCGUCCCCGGAUUGCCCAAACUUAGCGGAGGUGCUGUGGGCUACAUUUCCUACGACUGUGUAAAGUACUUUGAGCCUAAAACAAAACGUCCUUUGAAGGAUGUCUUGCAAGUGCCGGAGGCUGUAUUGAUGCUCUGUGACCUAAUAGUUGCUUAUGACCAUGUGUUCCAGAGGUUCCAAAUCAUUAAUAAUGUUAAAAUUGACGGUGAGGGCGACAUCAAGAGUGCCUACGAGAACGCUUGCGAGGAAAUUCGUGUCAUUGAAAAAAUUUUGAAGGCUAGAAAGACUCUUGACGAGAUCAAUCCAGUCCAGGCUCCAAUUCAAACCAACCAAAGCUUCACAUCUAAUAUCGGCCAAGCGGGCUACGAAAGCCAUGUCAAAAAAUUGAAGGAACACAUUAAACUAGGUGACAUUAUUCAAGCUGUUCCAUCUCAAAGAGUUGCCAGACCAACUUCCUUGCAUCCAUUCAACAUUUACAGACACUUGAGAACUGUCAACCCGUCCCCAUACUUGUUCUACAUUGACCUCCUCGACUUCCAAGUCAUCGGUGCAUCCCCUGAGCUUUUGGUGAAAUGUGAUGAGAAUAAUAAGAUCGUCACUCAUCCUAUUGCUGGUACGAUUGCUAGAGGAAAGACCAAGGAAGAGGAUGAGUCGAAUGCCACAAUUUUGAGAUCCAGUUUGAAGGAUCGCGCUGAACAUAUCAUGUUGGUGGAUUUGGCUCGUAAUGAUGUGAACAGAGUUUGCACCCCAGAGAGUAACCUGGUUGACCGUUUGUUGACCAUUCAGAGAUUUUCUCAUGUCAUGCACUUAAUUUCGGAGGUAAGUGGUACUUUGAGAGAAGACAAGACCAGAUUUGACGCAUUUCGUUCCAUUUUCCCUGCUGGUACAGUCAGUGGUGCUCCAAAGGUCAGAGCAAUGGAACUCAUUGGUGAAUUAGAAAAGGAGAAGCGUGGUGUCUACGCUGGAGCUGUUGGUCAUUGGGGUUAUGAUGGUAAAACAAUGGAUACUUGUAUUGCCUUGAGAACGAUGGUUUUCAAAAAGGGCGUGGCCUAUCUUCAAGCAGGAGGAGGAAUUGUGUUCGACAGUGACGAGUACGACGAAUACAUUGAGACCAUGAACAAGAUGAAGGCCAACAUUAACACCAUUGUCGAGGCAGAGAAGAUCUGGAUGCAAAAAGUUGGCGCUGAUAUGAAGUAG